GAUACCGUCGAUAGCUUAGCACUUUGAAACCGUCUCUGUGUCGUCUCCCGCCGUGACCACCGUGCCUCAACUCUCCGUCGUCCUGCCGCUCUGGCGAACUUCAACCUGAUCAAUCUAGGGUUCAACAUAUUUUUGUUUAUUAGGGCUUUUGAUCUGCUUCAUUUGAUCUACCUUCCCUCUUUCCUCAUUUUCAAUUUCUGAGUUUUGUUGGAUUUCAUGUUUUGAGCGUUAUUGAGUGGUAAAGUUGUGAUUUUUAGAUUUUAUUUGGGAAUUUUUCAUCUGUGUUUGUGGUUGUUGUUGUUGUGGUGGUGGUCACUGGCUAGUGGCUUUAUAGGGUGUUUGAGUUUUGAUUAUUUUUGGGUUUGAUUGUUUAGGGCUUGAUAAAAAAAAUGGGGUUAGGUGGUGUGAAUGGUAAGGUGAUAGAGUCUUUGGAUGUGGGUAAAUCAAAAGGGAGGAAGAAAAAGAAGUUACAAAAUGGGGCAAUGGAAGAUGAAGAAAAUGAUUCUGGGUGUUGGCAUAGCUUUAGGUUCAUUGGUAACUGCAUUUCUUCAAGAUCCAAGGUUGAUAGUUCUGUUAGUGGUACCAGUAAUAAUUAUGCUGAAAGCAAAUCAACUAUUGAUACGAGUAGAGACCAGCCAUCAGUUCCAGUAGUCUCUUCGACGACUACUACUACUAGUAAUGCUGAAAGCAGCUCAUCUACUUCGAAACUUGAAGAGGAGCUUAAAAUUGCUUCCAGGCUGCGAAAGUUCUCUUUCAAUGAUCUUAAGCUGGCAACAAGAAAUUUUCGGCCCGAGAGUCUUCUUGGUGAAGGUGGGUUUGGUUGUGUGUUCAAAGGAUGGAUUGAAGAAAAUGGAACUGCUCCAGUGAAACCUGGCACAGGCCUUACUGUUGCAGUCAAAACCCUAAACCAUGAUGGGCUCCAGGGUCAUAAAGAAUGGCUGGCUGAAGUAAAUUAUCUUGGUGAUUUAGUUCAUCAAAACCUUGUCAAACUUAUAGGCUACUGUAUUGAAGAUGAUCAAAGGUUGCUGGUAUAUGAAUUUAUGCCUCGAGGAAGCCUGGAAAACCACUUGUUUAGGAGAUCCUUGCCACUUCCGUGGUCCAUAAGGAUGAAAAUUGCGCUAGGAGCUGCAAAGGGACUUGCUUUUCUUCACGAGGAAGCUGAACGACCAGUUAUAUAUAGGGAUUUUAAAACUUCCAAUAUACUAUUGGAUGCAGAGUACAAUGCCAAGCUCUCAGACUUUGGACUUGCAAAAGAUGGUCCAGAGGGUGAUAAAACUCAUGUGUCUACCCGAGUUAUGGGAACUUAUGGUUACGCAGCACCAGAAUAUGUCAUGACAGGGCAUCUUACAUCAAGAAGUGAUGUGUAUAGUUUUGGAGUGGUACUACUUGAGAUGAUAACCGGGCGAAGAUCCAUGGACAAAAACCGUCCAAAUGGUGAACAUAACCUUGUAGAAUGGGCUAGACCGCAUCUAGGAGAGAGAAGAAGGUUCUACAGGUUGAUAGACCCUCGAUUGGAAGGCCACUUCUCGAUAAAAGGAGCUCAAAAAGCCGCCCAGUUGGCUGCUCACUGCCUUAGCCGAGAUCCAAAAGCAAGACCACUAAUGAGUGAAGUUGUAGAAGCUUUGAUGCCUCUCCCAAACCUAAAGGACAUGGCUAGUUCAUCAUACUAUUUCCAGACGAUGCAAGCUGACCGAUUUAGUGCCAGUCCAAAUACUCGAAAUGGUAGAACACAAGGAGGAUCCGCCCGAAAUGGACAACAACAAAGGAGCCUUUCCAUAUCACAUGGUACUCAUGCUUCUCCAUUUCGCCAUCGGUAUCCUCAAAAUUCACCAAAGCCAACUGGAAAAGCACAGAGUUGAUGAAUUUUCUAUCACCCUACUUUUUAAUCAUCUCUUAUUUUCUAAGUAUAGAUGUAACAACUUCUUGUGAAGCCAUUUGUUCAUGGGACAACUUGAGGGUAAAAGAAGCAUGCUGCUUGCUUUAUGAUCUAUUAUGUUAAUGAGUCUUGACCCCUUUGAAUAGUUAUUGAGCUAACUAUGUGUAUGUUUGGAAUCACAGUGAGUUCAACGACAUUACAGUAGCACCGUGAUUUUGUUGAAGCUCGAAGUUGUAGCUUUAGUUAAAAUCAUGGCUGCACACUGUGCUUUUGCCGAACUCACCGUAAUUCCAAACAUGAACUAUGAUGUGUUUUGCAAAUUGUCAACCAAUGUUUCUUUCAGGUUGUUUGGAAAUAUUGAACAACUCAAAGUUUUAUUUGAUUUCAAAAUUCAAAUGGCCCUUGUGAUUUAUGUA